GGCCUUUUCUUCCCCGCCCCUGGCGGUUCGCAGCUAGACCGUGAGGCAGCGGGCGGCUCGCGAGGCAUUGGAGACAUCUGCUUGUAAGGCAAAGGUACCUACGAAACUAUGGAUGAUACAAGAACUUCACUUGAUGUUAAAGAGUACCCCGAUACUGAGGUACAGAAAAACCGAAUACUAACUCUGGAAGAAUGGCAAGAAAAGUGGGUGGAGCGCAAAAUUACAUUUCAUCAAGAACAAGGACACCAGCUAUUAAAGAAGCAUUUGGAUACUUUCCUUAAAGGCGAGAGUGAACUGAGAGUAUUUUUCCCUCUUUGUGGGAAAGCAGUUGAGAUGAAAUGGUUUGCAGAUCGGGGACACAGUGUAGUCGGUGUGGAAAUCAGUGAACUUGGGAUACGGGAAUUUUUUACGGAGCAGAAUCUUUCUUACUCAGAAGAACCAAUCAAGGAAAUUCCUGGAGCCAAAGUAUUCAAGAGUUCUUCGGGGAACAUCUCACUGUACUGUUGCAACCUUUUUGAUCUUCCCAGAGUAAAUAUUGGCAAAUUUGACAGGAUUUGGGAUAGAGGAGCAUUCGUUGCUAUUAACCCAGGUGAUCGUAAACGCUAUGCAGAUAUAAUGCUGUCCCUAAUGAGAAGAGGGUUUCACUACCUCUUGAGUGUUUUUUCUUAUGACCCAACUAAAUAUGGAGGCCCGCCAUUUUAUGUAUCAGAUGAUGAAAUUAAAAGACUGUUUGGUUCAGUAUGCACUUGUCAGUGUCUCGAGAAAGUAGAUGCAUUUGAAGAACGACAUAAAAGUUGGGGAGUUGACUACCUUGUUGAAAAGUUAUAUCUUCUUACAGAAAAGUAAUUGAGACAUAAAUAAAUAAAAGCAAGUAACAUCAAGUAUUAGAGAAAUUGAAAAUCAUGCUAAGGCAUGAAAAUACAAUGGAUGGCCUUUGAAAAAAUUGUUCGCAAAUUACAUCAUAGUAAUGUGUGUAACUUUUUAGAAAAAAACACUAAUCACAACAACAAUCACAUACUAAAAUGUUAAAGUAGCUACCUUUGGAAAGGGGAAUAUGAUUGGUGGGGUUGUGUGGGUGAAAGAUUAUACCUAUGUGUUUUACUUACAAAUUGAUUUUUUACAAUCACCAUGUAUUACCUCUAUAAUUAAAAAAUAAAAGAGAAUGCAAUGCAUAUAACUUAAAUAUAAUAGACAUAGAAAAAUUGUUAUUCUUUAUGAAACUUAGAACCAUUGGGGAAAUGUAACACUUUAAGAGGGUUUAAGGUAAAAGAAAGUGGUCUCAGAAAUUAUAUAAAAUAUUAGCUUUUCCUAUAUACCUUCAUAUUAUUCUCAUCCUAGCAUUGCUUUUCACAUUUUUCUCUUUAUAUAAUUUUAUAUGUAACAGAAUCAAGAAAAUGUUUUAAAUUAAUUAAAUAAACCAAUCUAUAUGCAACAAAAUAUUGUUCCUCUGUUCUCUUUGCUGGCUAGAGUUAGUGUCUAUAAUUUGCACCCACAUUUAUUUUAAAAAUAAA